CGGGCGGUGCGUGAUCCUCCACAGCGCGCGUCAACUCCUUGUUCGUGCCGUGGGGAGACUCGAAGCAGACCCCUCUGUCAUUAACUACCAGCUACUCUCCGAUUCUAGUCUGGUGAUUACCCAGUAACGAGGUUUUUUAACAGCACGUUAUUUUCCCGGUUUUGUUUUCAGUCGUCUUCAUCCCAUCUACCUAGUACCAACCAUGGCAGCGAGUGCCAAAAGAAAGCAGGAGGAGAAACACCUGAAGAUGCUGAGAGAAAUGACGAGUUUGUCCCCUAACAGAAAGUGCUUUGACUGUGAUCAGCGCGGCCCUACCUAUGCCAACAUGACAGUAGGAUCUUUCGUUUGCACCUCCUGCUCUGGCAUUUUGCGAGGGCUUAACCCACCUCACAGAGUGAAGUCGAUCUCCAUGACAACCUUCACGCAACAGGAAAUUGAGUUACUACAGAAAAAUGGCAAUGAGGUCUGCAAACAGAUCUGGCUCGGCCUGUACGACGACAGAACCUCCUCGAUUCCUGACUUCAGAGAACCUCAGAAGGUUAAGGAGUUCCUUCAAGAGAAAUACGAGAAGAAAAGAUGGUACGUUCCUCCAGACCAGGCCAAGGUGGUGGCCUCGGUCCACGCUUCCAUCUCAGGCUCGUCCAACAGCAGCACCAGCAGCACUCCUGAAGUCCGGCCCCUCAAGACCUUGUUGGGCGAGGGCGUCCCUACCCUGCAUCUCAGCAAGCACACACCCAGUCAGUCUCCAGUGGUGAGCCGCAGCCAGGCCCACCAGCAGUUCCAGGACAAGAAGUUUGACCUCCUGAGCGACCUGGGUGGAGACAUCUUUGCCGCCCCUCCCUCCAAAGCUCCAGGCCCAGCCAACUUUGCCAACUUUGCACAUUUCAACAGCCACCCAGCCAGUCACAGCACAGCUGCAAACGCAGACUUUGCAAACGCAGACUUUGCAAACGCAGACUUUGCGAACUUUGAGGUGUUCAGAAGCGCCGGUCCAUCCGGUGCUUUCCCCCCUGCACCUCCAGCCCCGUUCCAGCCCUCGCAAACAGGGAACAGCCUGCCCAGCAGGGGAAGCCUGGGGCCUGGCCAGGCAGGAUUGAGCCACCCUCAGAGCCAGCUUGCGGGGCUGGGAGGAGACCGCUACGCUCCCCUGGCAGAGCUGGACACUGUCUUCAGCCCGCCAGCCCCCCCGACCAGCGCUUACAACACCAGCUCCCAAGGGGGGAUGUAUCCCAGCGUGCCAGCAGCCUCCGCCAGCCAGGCCCAACAGGGCUGCCUUCCCAGCAUGCCCCAGGGUUUCGGAGGUCCUUCAACCAACCCCUUUGUUGCCGCUGCUGUUGUCCCCGGAGCGGCCCACACCAACCCCUUCCAGAGCAAUGGGCGGGCGGCGGCGGUGGCGGCAGCAGCCACAUUUGGCUCUGGCUCCCUGAGCAUGCCCUCAGGACUGGGAAACGCUGCUGCCUUCAACCUCCCCACCAGCUUCAGUGGGAACUUCCAGCCGCCGUACCCUGGCCAGGGCCCCUUCCCCCAGGCCCAGGCCUACCCCCAGCAGCCCAACGGCGGAGGGUUCUCAGGCUACGGCCCGGCCAAGCCCAUGGUGACCCCUUUCGGGCAGGUUAUGGCAGCACCCGGGGUGUCUAGCAACCCCUUCCUGGCCGGAGCGCCGUCGGCCCAGUACCCUGCCGGAGGCUCUUCCACCAAUCCUUUCUUGUAGCGCUUCCUCCCUGGACGGCCACUACCACAAGCACACAGCGCACUCACCCCUCCCACACUGUUUUGUUUCACCGGUAGCUUUAAAAACACAAUCUUUCCGAGAACAAUUUUUUUUAUGAGAAG